CGAUAGAUGGCAGCACGCGCUCAGUCCUCUUCGGUCUGACUGUAGCGGCUGCGUGGAUCCACAAACAUCAGUCAAAUAAAGCUCACCGAAGCGUGCUGCGUGUCACCAGAGACACGAGAACUACAUCAGGAAAGUCGCAUGCGCACGUCUGAACACCUGUGGUCGUGGAGGAAGCAGAUGGACGGGUUUCUGUAGCCAAACACCGACACUCCCUCCACACAGACACGUGCUUUGAGUCUAGGCAACAUCACAAAAAAGCGUGAAUGUUUAGACACGUCCCACUGGGGGAGGGGGAGGAGAAAUGCACACAAACACUCAUUGAGAAGUCAGAAAGACGAGUGGACAUAGGCUGCAUGACUGACUGCUGGUGUGCUCAGGAUCUGUCUGUGCUUGGACCUGCAGCUCCUCAGAUGUCUGAGGUCACAUCCUUCCAUCUCUAGUUUCUGUGUGAAGAUGGAGGGUGUUCUGGGUGUUACGCUGCGUCUGUGUGUGUGCAAACUGAUGAGCAGCAUGCUGUUGUGUUCGUCUGUAAUCACACACACCAUCACUGCGGUCAGUCUGUGCUGCAGCUGCCUGCUGUUAUUUACAGACCUCGCUGUCACUGUGUUUUUGCUCUACGUCUGGUUCAUGGAGUCCUGGUUGAUGCCUUUUUACGUGUCUUCGGAUGUCAUCGCCCUUCGAUUUCUGCUCUUUCUUUGCAAGGCCUAUGGAGUUGUGUUGCUGCUGAUGCCGCCUUUGAUUGCUGUGGAGUUGUUGGUUGAUCUGCUGUGUCCUCAAGGCGGGCGAACAAAGGGACGAGAUGCAAGUGAAUCCCUCUCUAGUACAGUUGGCUACUUGGGAUGUUUUCUAGCAUGGAGCAUGAGCGGGAUCUACAGCAGCCACGACUGGAUGCUGGAGCAGAUCUCAGUGGAAACCUGUCAAAGAAAAGGUGGCCAUCUUCUCACCUGCCUUCCCUGUACUGAUGAGUUUUACUGGGUUCUUCCUUCUAUGGUGGUCCUGUUGAGCUUGACGGGGAGCCUUCGUCUGUUCAGGACAAAGGCGUCCCGAAGACUGCCUGACUCGUCUAAAAACACACAGAUGGGCGAGAAAAAGGACUUUUUGGGCCCUGGGCUAAUGCAUAUGUCACAAACUCUGGUUGACUCGGAAAAAACAUCCAACAGCUGUGGCGUUCACACGGCUGGGUUUGAGAACAGUGAGCCACGACAGAUCUGUCCUGGGAAUGGUGUACUGUGCGCUCAACAAAUCGGUUUGGCAGACAAUAUCGAGAAACAAAAGCAAUCAUCCAGCCUUGCAACAUUUGCACAGUCCAAAACCGAUCUUCCUCUGGAAGUCACAUCAUUGGCGGUCUUUAACAGGACAGACGCAAAGUCUCAAAGCAGACGCUGUUGGUUUCCCAAAAGGGAAAGUCCCUGCUCAGGGCGAGAAAUCUUCACAGGGUUGGUAUGCGUGGCUCUGGUUUGUGUUUUUCCCACAGUCGUCAGCGGUAAUAUUCUCCUAAUCUUUAACCUGGAGAAUCUGGUGGUGUACAACUUGAAACUCUUAUCUCUAUCGGUCAACAGAGUACCGGAUCUGUAAGUGCUGAAGGUGCAGAUGUGUGUAUAAAUAAAUACAAAUCUGUAUAUUUAA